CCGCGCUAGCGAGGCCAGCUAGACCUAGAAGGCAAGAUAGUGCUUUGAGGAAUCUCAUAUUUGCGCUUCAGUGGAAUAGGUCGCUCCGCAGGGCCUGGAGUUUAGGAGUAUGACGGGUAGAUGUCGUGGGAAACGGUGCUGGCUAGAUUGUCUAUCCCGUGGUGUGAAUUGGGCCACUUUAUAUCUACUCUUAUGCCUUCCAACAUCCAAUUUCCAAGGGCGAAAGCACAAAUUCCCUCAAGCGGCCAACCAUCUUGCGUUGUACCCCGCAUCUACCCAACGGGCAGUGCAUCCGCAAUUUGUCAAUAUAGCUACCGUUGUUUCUGUUCUAUCUGGUGCUAGCAAGUCUGCCUUGGCGCUUGGUAAAUCAGCGUGGCUUGCAGACCUGCCAAUGAUAUACAUGUAUGUAUGCGGUCAUGCUAAUGCAACAGCAGUUACCACCCAGGCACGUCGCGCUGCGCUGAUGUGCCAAGUAAACAUCAGCAGUAGGGCUGACGUUGGAAAUAAGGCGCUGCCAACGGCAGCAACCUGGGACCUGGUAGACUGCAUAUAAAACGACUGUGCGGAGGACGUGCACUGGUAAGACAUAGUGCAAAAUACACGAGGCUGAGGCGGAGCGGGUGGGGGCGCCGAUCGCUGAGUGGUUCAUGGGUUGGGGCCAAAAGAAAGACAACUAGGGUCUGGGUGGAUACUCGGAUCUACGUACCCAAUAUCCUUCAAGUGAGGUACAAGUGCCUGCAUGCAAGAUGUUCGCUUCAGCUGUGGCUGCGGCUGGUGAGGGGAAAGGAUAGGACCAA